CAGGCUGGAGUCCGGUGGCAUGAUCUCAGCUCGCUGCAACCACUGCCUCCCAGGUUCAAGCAGUUCUCCUGCCUCAGCUUCCCAAGUCCAGUCUAUCAUUCUGGGAGUUUUUCUGGUCUCAUUCCUCUUGACCAUCCUAACUGAAUUUUCUGAAUCUAAGCAUUUGAAGUUUCUCCAGGAGGACGUGAAAAUAUCAACAUUAACAGCAGUUUGGAAGAAGAUGAUUCCAACUCUCAUGGAUGACUUUGCAGGGCUCAAAACUUCACUGGAGGAAGGAACUGCAGAGGUGGUGGAAGUAGCAAGAUAACUAGAAUUAGAAGUGGAAACUGAAGAUGUGACUGAAUUGCUGCAAUUUCAUAAUAAAACUGGAAAGGAUGAGGAGUUGCUUUUUAUGGAUGAGCAAAGAAAGUGAUUUUUUGAGAUGGACUCUACUCCUGGUGAGGAUGCUACAAAUGUUGUUGAGAUGAUAACAAAAGAUUUAGAACAGUACAUAAACUUAGAUGAUAAAGCAGUGGCAGGGAUUAAGAGGAUUGACUUCAAUUCUGAAAGAAUUUCUACAGUAAGUAAAAUGCUAUCAAACAGCAUUGCAUGCUACAGAGAAAUCUGUCAUGAAAGAAAGAGUCGAUGUAGCAGACUUCAUCGUUGUCUUAUUUUAGAAAUUUUCUUAGCCACCACCCUGAUUAGUCAGCAACCAUCAACAUCCAGGCAGGGCUGGGUAUGGUAGCUCACAUGUGUAGUCCCAGCAUUUUUUCAGGCCAACA